GCUUGUUUGCAUAUUGCUUUUCUCUGUCCCACCCCCCUCUCUAUCUCGACUGAUAUCACUGCUGAGAAAGGAUUUUUGAAUUCGCAGCAGCACACACAGGUCACACCCGCCAUGCUGUGAGCCGCAGCGACAAACUUGACAAGCUCCGGCAACCACGGUCAACUAUUUUAACGACCCAGACAAAGAGGAUAUUUUUUUCACCAAAUCUGUGAUGUAAGCCAUCUCAUCCUUCACUCCCCUGUUUCAAGCUACUGUGCAGGACAGAAAAGGCCGUUUCAUGAAUCAAUAUUCGCUAGUUGAAGCCAUGACAGACAAAGGAAACUUCACGGUUCCGAAGCUGCUCCCGGAAUCCAACAUGGUGUUCGGAGUUCUAGGUGUGUUCUUGGGUCUACUCCUUGAGGUUUCUACACACGGACCCCACAGCAUUCCCCGGACCUCCUGGAAACACGAAGAGCUCAAGUUGGUGGAGUUUUCUGAGCCCGGCAUCUUCAACUAUUCCACUCUGUUGUUGAGUGAGGAUAAGGAUGUGCUGUACGUGGGAGCGAGGGAGGCCAUCUUUGAACUCCGCAUGACCAAUGUGUCAAUCAAGAACAACAAGGUUCAAUGGAAGGUCCCGGAAAACCACAUGACGAUGUGCAUCGUAAAAGGAAAAUCUAAAGAGACAGACUGUCUAAACUACAUCCGGGUGUUACAAGUGUUGGACGACAAGCGACUGUAUGUCUGUGGGACACAUGCCUUUCAGCCCGUCUGUCACUACCUAUCCCUAAAGGAUUUCAGUCUGGAGGGUCCAGCGGAGGACGGGAGAGGGAAAUGUUCCUUUGACCCAUCUCAGAGCUUCACAACAGUCAUGGUUGAUGGAGAACUUUACUCUGGAACAUCGUAUAACUUCUUAGGAAGUGAGCCGAUCAUCUCCAGAUAUUCUCUUUCACAGAGUCUGUUGCGGACAGAGUAUUCAACAUCUUGGCUGAACGAACCCAGUUUUGUUUUUGCUGAUGUCAUCAGAGAGGGGAAGAACAGUGCAGAUGGCGAGGACGAUAAGAUCUACUACUUCUUCACUGAGGUUUCUGUGGAGUACGAGUUCUUUGGCAAGCUGCUCAUCCCCAGGAUAGCACGCGUCUGUAAGGGUGAUCUGGGGGGCCAACGGACGCUACAGAAGAAAUGGACCAGUUUCCUGAAGGCCAAGCUGGUGUGUUCCAUGCCAGAGCUCAACUUCGUGUUCAACGUGGUUACUGACGUGUUCAUACUGAAGACUGCUGACUGGAGAGAGACUGUCAUCUACGGAGUGUUCACAUCCCAGUGGGGAAACGUAGGCCUGUCUGCAGUGUGUGCCUACGACAUGUUGUCAGUAGAAAAUGUGUUCUCCAAGGGGAAAUACAUGCAGAAAGCCACAGUGGAACAGUCUCACACCAAGUGGGUGAGGUACAACGGAUCACCCCCCACCCCUCGCCCAGGAGCUUGCAUCAACAACCACCACCGUCUCCAGAACAUCAGCAGCUCUCUCCACCUGCCUGACAAGACCCUGCAGUUUGUUAAGGACCAUCCCUUACUGGAAGACCCUGUCCUUCCCAUCGGCAACGGGCCCAAACUCAUCACCAAGGACGUCAGCUACACCCAGAUCGCUGUGGAGAGGGUGCAGGCGCUGGACAACAACGUAUAUGACGUCAUAUUUACUGGGACCGAUAAAGGACUUCUGCAUAAAUCCGUGGUGUAUGACGGGCUGGUCCAUACAGUGGAAGAGAUUCAGCUUCUCCACAAAUCUGAGCCUAUCAAGACCUUGCUUCUGUCAUCACAAGGGACGAGGUCCCUGUACGCUGGCUCGGACUCGGGCGUGGUGCAGUCUCCUACUGCGUUCUGUGACAAGUACCCAUCCUGUUCAGACUGUAUCUUGACCCGGGACCCUUACUGUGCCUGGGACCCAGACUCUUCCACCUGUGUCAACAUCUUCCACACCCAGGGCCUCACACACCGGAACUUGAUCCAGAGCCUUAACGGUGAUGCAGACAAGUGUCCCUCAGAGCCAGGGCUCUCCGUGGAGAACUACCAGCGUGUGACAGUUAAACCAGGGAGCUCGGCUGAGCUGCCAUGCCUGGUUCAGUCCAACCUGGCCGUGGUGGUCUGGAAGCAGAACAGCAGCACCAUGACCGAGGCCUCCAAGUUCCACCUGAUGGGUGAGACGGGUCUGCUCAUUUACAGCGUGGCCCCAGAGGACCACGGCCUGUACGAGUGCUGGUCACUGGAGUGGGCCCCUGUUGCAGGGAAGAACUUCAGCCGCCUCCUGGCUGGGUAUGUCCUAGACCUGGAUGUCCCCAGGAGGCCUUCACCACGAGGCCACCCCCCUCAGACCGCCAGCACCCUCAGCUCCGCUCACCCCCACCACCAGUCCACUGCUGCCACUGAAGCCGCCUCUGCUGUUCCUCCUCUCUCUCCUGUUGACACUUCCUCAUCCCUGUCCACCUCGGGAAGUAGUCCCUCUCUCCCUCCUUCCUCCACCUCCUCUGAGGGGUUAGGGGUGUGCCUGCUGCCCCCAUCCCUUCAAGACCAGGCUUGGGGGGUUCAGGCUCAGGAGGCCUUCCUGCUCUUCUGUCUGGCCUUGGGUCCCAGUGAUCUCCAAAUUCACUGGCAGGUGAACGGGGCCCACCUGGAGACUCCCAUCACAGAGUACCGCCACCCCUUGGUCCGGGGGGACCCCCAUGGAGAGGUGCUGGUGAGCAGCUGGGUGAGAGAGAGGGCCCUGGUCAAGGACUCCAGCUACCAAUGUGUCGCUGCGUCCAGCGCAGGAAAUGACACAUCUAAAGUGGACCUCAACAUCCUCAGUAGAGAUGAAGACAGUAUUCCAUCCAGAGAUAUGAGCCAAUGGAGGAGUGCCCUUUCAGAACACGACAAACUGCUAAAGAGGUGGAAAAGAGCAUGGGAAAGCUGUGAGGGUCAAGGUGCUCUCUGAGGUCACCUGAGCUCCACUGUUAUUGGCUCCUAAGACAGGCUUCAGCCCAGGUGACCCUACCUGACCUUGGUCCAAAAAUGCCAAGUCAUGACGAGACAUGGUACUAUUCUCGCCGUUCGACGCCUGACGCAAGGCUUCAACCUCCGGCUUCGGUUCUGCAGUGUUCACCUGUUGUGGUGCAUCAAAGAUAUUCUAUAAUGUUACAGGCCCUUCAUACAGGCUUUAGCAUAGGCCUUAGUCUCCCCCUUACUGACUGACUGGGGACUGGGCAGAUCAGUUGACUUUGCUCUUGGGAGGGUCUACUCUGCAUUCCCAGUGAAAGGAGAAGAUUCUCUGUGACUGAGUGGUGGCAUGUAGUGUCAGAUAUCUCCACAGUGUCAGAUAUCUCCACAGUGUCUGAUAUCUCCACAGUGUCUGAUAUCGCCACAGUGUCUGAUAUCGCCACAGUGUCUGAUAUCGCCACAGUGUCUGAUAUCGCCACAGUGUCUGAUAUCGCCACAGUGUCUGAUAUCGCCACAGUGUCUGAUAUCGCCACAGUGUCUGAUAUCGCCACAGUGUCUGAUAUCGCCACAGUGUCUGAUCUUCCCUCAGUGAUCGACAGUCUACCUUUGAAGUUCGCACUUUCUUUCUCUACUGUGGUAGCAGUGUCCAUCUGUCUUUCACAGUGGGCAGCUGUUACAGAUGAGAAUGAGAUGGGUUUUGUUUUUAGAUACGUUUUAAAGUAAGGGAAUAUAAGGUUUGUUUUGUUUAGAUUAUUUUACCGGUAUGUCUAGACUAGAAUAUAUCCACAUUGAUUUCUCAAUCAAAAUUAGAGUUGAUCUCUUUGUUUUGCCAGAGUAACUAGAGAUUAGUAAAUUGUGUCAGUACAAAGAUGUACAGACACAAAUGUAACCUCUAAACUCCACUCUCCACUCCAUAGUGCCUUUCAAUAGGUUCAGAUUGCUGAAUAAAUGCAGUUGUAGCCUGUUAAUGAUUCAGAUUCCUGUAUUUUUGCCGACACAUGUAUUCUCUGUCAUUAUGUGGUCAGUUAAACUCUUGUCACUGAAAUGUUUAAUUCCAUGUGUUAAUCAUAUGACAAUGUGGGAGAAGAAAAUUGUAUUAAAGGGAACUUGACAGUGGAACUUGA